UACAAAGUACUACUUACCAAUUGCUAAGUUCACCCUUAUAUCAAUUAUUUUUCUUCCCCUCUUCUAAAUCCCCAUUUUGAUUUGUUCUAGAAAUGGAGCUCGAUGUGAAAUUGAGGCACACAAGCAAGGAAUUUCUCCAAGUAGAAUCACCAGUGGUGGAAGGAAUUACAUACCAAGAUCCCAAGGCCAAAAGUAAAGAUGACAUUGUCGUCCAUUCUUCUUCAUUUUCUGCAGCCUUCAAUCCCAAAAAUACCGAUGAAACUGCUGAAAGUAGCAGUGACAACAAGGUCAAACGGGCAGAGGAGUCACUCAGGACAGUGAUGUACUUAAGCUGCUGGGGUCCCAAUUGAUGUUACAAGAAUUUUCAGAUCUGCGGGUGGGUGUUUUCCACAAGUCUUUGUAAGGCAACUAGAAGCACUUUAAUAUGCAUGUUUUCUUCCUCCCUCUUUUCAUGUGUUAUGGAACUUUCAUAAGAUUAUUGUAACUUCCUUUAUUACUAUUUAUCAUUAAUUUCUUUUUCUCUUCCAUGCUGGGAAGAUGAACAUGAUUUGUGAAAAUUUAAUAUGAGGCUAAAACACAAGAUGGAAUAAGAUGGAAUAAGAUGGAAUAGGUAGA